AUGGGAACGGGCCGCGUCCCUGUAGGCGGCUUCGAGGGAGCGGAAGCCAGUGUGAAGAGUCCCUCUACCCUGCGGACACUAUGUGUCACUUUUCUGGUUGGCCUAGCCGUCACGCUAGGACAGCCAUUCCUUUUGUUCUCAGGAGCAGCUUUGGCCAGUCCUUCGGGUGAUGGGUUGGGCGACAGCCGUUAUGCUGGUCAACCGAACUCCUCCGGGAACACCCUCGUAGAUAUAGCCAAGCAUGAAACCGACACCUUCGCUAAGGAGAGGCCUGACGCAGCAGAGAGAGCCAUGACAACUGCAGAUACAGCCUUUAACCAAACAGGAGGGGCGGAUGCUGCGGGGGCGACCGCGGCUCAGAAUAAGCCUUCUCCUUCGAAGACUCCUUCUGAGCAAGAGACGGACAACCUUCUUGCCCUUGACACCGACCGCGAAUAUAAUUCUCCCGCUCCGAACGUCGUGAGGGGAGGCAUCGAGUUUGACCAACAGCCAAAAGAAAGCUCUCAGGUGCAGGUACCCCAGACGCAGUCGAAGCCGGAUGAUAUAACGCCAGACCGAGCAAGGAUACAGAUACUGGCAAGCAACUUGGAAGAGCUCAGGUCGAUGCUGGAAGACCCUGCGCUAGAGUUGGCCGUCAACGACGUUCAACAGCAGAUCGAAGUCCUCCGGCUAGCAGGGGUUCCGUUGGAAGCGUCAGUACCGAUGGCCGACAACCUAAACAGGCUCCACGUGACUCGCUGCCGGUCGAGAAAUAACGCGAUGACAAUUCCCUGUACUUGGCAGGACACCAUCCUCUUCGAAGAACUAUCCACGGACUCCAAUACAGGUUUAAGAGACGAGGAGCAGAUGGUGAUGCGUGCCAAAGUUCACAAGCUUGAGAAUGCUUUCAAUACGGUGACGGGACUAGGCUUCCUACCCGCUGGUUCUGCGGCUGACACAUUAGCUCGGCUUUAUUCAGAUUACCGACUUGGCACAGGGGGGACGAAGGUAUUGAAACACUACGGGCUGUCGAACCUGAUGGACCUUGCCAAGUCGCGUCAAGAAGGAAGAAACGUGUCCUGGGACCCAGCAGAAAUCAGCCGUAAACUGGUUGAAUUCCAUCAUUAUAAGAAUGCUCUUCUUGUCCGACUGUACAUCAUGGCUCUCAUUCCACAAAAUACUCAACACGGAGAACGAGACCUAUCUCCGGUCGACUUCGUCCGAGAGGUUUUCGCUGCAGAAGGAGGCCAUGUCAUGUCGACUGCUCGCCUCAAGCCUUUGUUAUCUGACGACCUGGUCGUUCUCGGCGUUCCACAGGGGUUCUCGUUCUUGUGGCUCUUUGAAUUUCUCCUCGAAGAAGUGCUCACUCGUCAUUUGCCAGACGGAUGGCAAGACAUUGUGGUUAAUGCUUUCACCUUCACGGCCCACAGUGCUGCACUCAUGCAAGUGGUGAACUACCACUCGCUGUUCCGCGACCGGACACUCGGCGAUCUCCAAAAGGCUUCCUAUCUCGCCGCUCCUCCAUCUUUUUCCAUUGAGAGACAAAGUGUCGUGGAGAGGUGCGAUAAGCAAAUUUACGAAUGGUCACGUGUGGGUUUUUCGCCUGACGUUCUCGAGGCCGAUUUGCACAACGAAACAUUCAAGGGCAGGUGGAAAAAUCUACGACUCGAAACGAUGCCCACGCCGGAUACUUACCAAUGGUGGAGACGCCUCCAUAGAAUUAUUGUCGACUCUCUCGAAAAGUAUCAAGUUCACGAAAGACAUCUAAAGGACAUGAAUGACAACUUGUAUACGCUGGUAGAGGAUACACUUCAAAAGCUGAAAGAAGCGAAUGCUGCGGACAACACCAUCUUCUUUGGACGCAUUGCGAGACAGACCCGCGAAUCUGCGCCUCAAAAGAUGUGGCGAGGUAUAAAAGCGUUCUUCCUUGGCCUUGUCCGCGACGUACCAGGCUCGGAUCAUGCCGUUUGGUUUGGUGUCAGCUUCAAUUUCUCUCAGAUUUUCCAGAUUCUUCGCAGGAUGAAAGAGAUCGCGAUUCAUACAGCAAGAAACCAAGACUCAGCCAUCUUGCUGGACGAGGCCUUUGUGGAGUUGGUACAGGAGACAGUAGCAGUCCGGGCACAAACGUAUAGACGCCAGCACCCUACAACCCUUCGAAACAUCGGGGUGAUCGGGUUGCGACCGGACUACGCCAAUUUGGACGCUGAGCAGAGAUCCACGGAAUAUCAGCUGUCAAUGUGUGCAGAUCACUGUGUCUCACUCUGGCAACAGGUCCUCGGGUUCAUAUAUCCGUAUGUGCUCAAUUCAUCUCUUCUGGUUGACUAUGAAAAGUCAUUUGGGAGAGACCACGCGAUAAAAAAACUAGAUGACCACAGCUACGUUAACUCCCUACGCUACAUUUUGACAAGUGAUGCUGCUCUUAACUUUUUCGAGCAUAAUACCCCUCAAGAAACCCGGAAGGCUAUUGUGGCACUCAAGAAUGGACAAGCGUUCAUGUACGCAAACAUGAUGCGAUUUGCAGGAGUUGCCUACCAGCAACUUAAUAUGCCGUAUCUGGCAGGUUCGAUUCAAAGGCAAGCGCCCUUCAUGGGCCAGAUGGUCAAGGACUGGGUGCUCAAGAGAAGCAGAUCUCGGAAGCUCGCUAUACUCAGCGCGCUUUCUCUUGGGCUAAUAUUUGUGUACACGCUACUAUCUGCGUUAGAUAUAGCUCAGUACCUCACUGAUUCGGGCAUGAAGGCCGUGGAAGACUGCACCUGGAACUCUAUCAUGCAGGAAAUGGCGUGCGUGGCAGUGGCAGGAAGUGGAGUUGUGGUGGCUCCACUGUUUGCUGCCAUAUCGGAUGUCUUCAAGGUGGGCCUGUAUUCCGGAAUCGGGUCGACGCUCGUCAGCGCUUCAGUCAUUGGUAAUGCAUACAUGAUCAUUCGUUCUGAAAGCAGGACGAUUCUGAGGACUGAAAUGGCAAUCAAAAGCAUGGCUCUGAAACUCUGGAAACAAGUGCGCAGGUUCUUUUCCUGGGCGACCAGAUUCACGAAACGUCGUAAGGCCAUUCUCAGCACCAUGAUGGCUCGAGCAACAGCUCUUGCCAAAAAGAAUAAACGGCGCGGCCAAAGUGGUAUAACCAUGACGAGAUCGGGCGAUUCUGUCGUGGAUACCCUUCUUGAGGAGACGUCUCCAGCAGCGACUGAGGGAGCACAAACAUUGACGGCAGCUGUGCCAUCGCAGUUCUGA